AUGCAACGCCGCCUCUCCCUCUCCUCCUCUUCUUCUCCCUCACACUCAACAAACCGCGUCACCUCCUCCUUCCUCGCCCCACCGCCCCUUCCCUCCCUCCGUCGCUCCUCCUCCCGCUCCCUCCUCUCGCCGCUGAACACCUCCCAUUCUCCCUCGUCUGCAGUAUCGGCCGUGUCCAGCGCCCCUCCAGCGACGCCCUCCCGCCCAAUCCCAAUCUCCCCUCCUUCGGCGCAUAGUACGCCCAACUCACUCCCUCACGCGGGCGGGCGAGCUGCACUCGAGGGGUCUUCGAAUCGCUCGCAUCGUCGUCGGGAGGGAGAAGAAGAGGAGGAAGGGGAGGAGAGCGAAGGAGGAGGAGGAGGAGCGAGUUUCACCAUCCCCAUCAUCGAUACUCGGCUUCUUCCGCCCCUCCGCUCGAGUGGGGCACCUACCUCCACUCUCGCGGCGGGAGGAGCGGCAGCAGCAAGGGGAGCGGGUGGGAGGAGACUGAGUAGUUUGGCGAGUUAUACCGGACUGCCUGGUCCGCCUCAAGGAUCGGGAGCGGGAGCGGGAGGAGCGGGAGGAGACGAGUUGAGGUACUCGUUGGCGUCGUUUCGGUCUUCGUACGCACAAGGACAGGCGCAGGCGCAGGGACUGGGAAGGAGACCGUCAGUUGGAGGAAGUGGGAUCGUCCGUCCGCCGAGUCCGGCGCCUGAAGCUUUCGCGCGCGGGACGGUCGGGCCUUUGACGAGCUCAGGAGGAGCGGCGGGGGAAGUGAAGAGGGGGAGGAGGGAGAGCGUUGUACUGGGUCAGGGGUCGCUUGCUGCGCUUGCAUCGACGACGACGGGGGGAGGGACGGCGAGGAGGGCUCCGUCGCCUGCUCGUCCUCACGCACACGCCCCGGGAGCAUCAGGAGCGUCGGGUCUCGUCCGUUCAGCGUCGACCAGUCGCCAGAGCCAGAACGCAGCGAGGAGUCCGUCCCCUGCGCCUGCGCCUGCGAGGGGGGACUCGCCUCGUGUCGUGAGGGGGUUCGAUCCGCCUCUGGCGUCGUCGUCGCAGAGGGCGCCGAGUCCUGCGCGGUUCGUCGGAGGAGCGGCGAGUGCGGUGUCGCCUCCCUCGGCGUCGGCCUCGCACCUGUCUGCGAGGCGGGCAUCCCUUUCCGCCACCCCGACUUCGGCACUCUACUCCCGCCCUUCGACCAGCUCGAACACGACAGUUUCGCCCACCUCACCUCUGACCCGCCCGCGCUCUCGCCUGGCCAACCCACAGUCGGACCAACACCUCGAAGUCGCGGCGUCGCGCGACAUAGCUGCGCUCGAUGCGUACUACUACUCGAGGCAGAGGGAGGGGCUGAGGGAGGGGAGGAGGGAGGCCGAGGAGAGGCUCAGGGUCGGGUAUGAUCGCUUGCAGAGGGAACAGUAG